AUGGCGCUGGCCAGGGGGCUUUCCCAGGACUCCAGGGCCCCCGUCCUUCUGCUCCUGCUCCCUUGGACCUCUGCCUUUGCCCUCCUGGCUGGUACUGGAUCUCUGGAGCCCCCCAGCACCUGUGCCUCAGCCCCAUGCCCGCCGGGGUCCCGGUGCCAGGCUACUGACGAUGGUGGCUACACCUGUGCGCCCCCGGAGCCCGGAGGCUGUGCCAGCCAGCCCUGCCACCAUGGUGCUCUGUGUGUGCCCCUGGCCCCAGACAGCCAGGGCUUCCGCUGCUACUGCGUCCCCGGAUUCCAGGGUCCCCGCUGUGAGCUGGACAUCGACGAGUGUGCAUCCAGGCCCUGUCGCCACGGGGCCACCUGUCGCAACCUGGCUGACCACUUCGAGUGCCACUGCCCCCUAGGAUAUGCGGGCGUCACCUGCGAGGAGGAGGUGGACGAGUGCGCCUCGGGGCCCUGCCUGCACGGGGGCUCGUGCCUGGACGGCGUGGGCUCCUACCGCUGCGUGUGCGCCCCCGGCUACGCGGGCACCAGCUGCCAGCUGGAUCUGGACGAGUGCCAGAGCCAGCCGUGCGAGCACGGGGGCGUGUGCCACGACCUGGUCAACGGGUUCCGGUGCGACUGCGCGGACACGGGCUACGAGGGCGCACGCUGCGAGCUGGAGGUGCUGGAGUGCGCGUCUGCGCCCUGCGCGCACAACGCCACGUGCCUCGACGGCCUCGGGAGCUUCCGCUGCCUCUGCUGGCCAGGCUACAGCGGUCAGCAAUGUGAGGUGGACGAGGAUGAGUGCGCAGCAGAGCCCUGCCAGCACGGGGGCCAGUGUCUGCAGCGCUCGGACCCGGAGCUCUACAGCGGGGCCCAGGCCGCCUUCCCCGGCCCCUUCAGCUUCCAGCACGCGGCUGGCUUCCUGUGCCGCUGCCCUCCCGGCUUUGAGGGGGACGACUGUGGCGUGGAUGUGGACGACUGUGCCUCCCAGCCAUGUCACAACGGAGGCAGCUGCCAGGACCUGCCCAACGGCUUCCAGUGCCACUGUCUGGACGGCUACACAGGUCUGACGUGUCAGCAAAACGUGGACGACUGUGCCUCGGGGCCCUGCCUCCACGGUGGCACAUGUGAGGACGCUGUGGCCAGCUACAUCUGCUGGUGCCCAGAGGACUGGGGUGGACACGACUGCUCAGUGCGGCUCACUGGCUGCCGGGGCCAGCCUUGCCCCCCAGCGACCACCUGCACGCCCACCUUUGAGUCGGGAGUUCACAGUUACACCUGCCGCUGCCCUCCUGGCACCCAUGGACCUCUGUGCGGCCAGAACACCACCUUCUCCUUGGUGGCUGGGAGCCCCGCAUGGGCAUCGGUGCCAGCCAGGGGCCCCCUGGGUCUGGCGCUGAGGUUCCGCACCACGCUCCCCGCCGGGGCCUUGGCCAGGCGCACGGACGCCCGGGGCAGCUUGGAGCUGGCUCUGGCGGGGGCCACGCUGCAGGCCACGCUCUGGACACUCGGCAGCGUGGCGCUGGUCCUGCGGCUGCCCAACCUGACCCUCAACGACGGCCACUGGCACCGCGUGGAGGUGACACUCUGCCUCGGGGUUCUGGAGCUGCGGCUCUGGCACGAGGGCUGCCCUGCCCGGCUCUGUGUGGCUUCCGCUCCCGUGGCCCCCAGCCCUACGGCCUCCACGGCCCCUGCACCCACCGGGCUGGGCUCCAUCCAGCUGGGUGGCUCGGCCUUUGCCGGCUGCCUCCAGGAUGUGCGUGUGGACGGGCGGGUCCCGCUGCUGCCCGAGGAUCUGGGCGGGACCGUGCUCGUGGGCUGCGAGCGCCGGGAGCAGUGCCAGCCGGCACCGUGCGCCCACGGAGGGCUCUGCGAGGAUCUGUGGACCCACUUCCGCUGCGCCUGCCCCCGGCCGUACCUGGGACCCACCUGCACUGAGGAGGUUCCUGCGGCCACUUUCGGCCUGGGGGACACCCCGAGUGUGGCCACCUUCCUGCUUCCCCAGCCGCCAGGCCCCAACCUCACCGUGUCCUUCUUCCUGCGCACCAGGGCCCGCGCCGGCCUGUUGCUGCAGCUCGCCAACGAGUCCGACUCGACGGCCACCCUCACGGUCUUCCUGCGGGAGGGCCACGUCUGGGCCCAGCUUCCAGGCGCCGCCACCGCCCGGGAGCUCCCGGGGCACUGGGACGACGGGCUCCGCCGCCUGGUGACACUCAGCCUCGGGGCUGACCGGCUGCAGGGCUGGGGACAGCAGGUGACCGUGGGCGGUCGGCUCCUCUCCGCUGAUGCCCGGCCUUGGGGGGGCCACUUUCGAGGCUGCAUCCAGGACCUGAGGCUCAACGGCCUCCACCUUCCCUUGUCUUCGUGGCCACUGGGGAACUCAAGCCAGCCUGGCCAGCUGGGCAGUGGGCAGGCCUGGAAUGUCACCGCUGGCUGUGUCUCCGAGGAUGUGUGUAGCUCCGAGCCCUGUCUCAAUGGUGGGACCUGCCUUGUCACCUGGAACGACUUUCGCUGCACCUGCCCUGCCAACUUCACAGGCCCCACAUGUGCCCAGCCGUUGUGGUGUCCUGGGCAGCCCUGCCUCCUGCCCGCCACCUGUGAGGAGGUGCCUGGGGGAUUUGUCUGCGUGUCCGAGGCCACGUUCCGCGAGGGCCCUCCGGCCGAGUUCAGCGGCGGGGGCAACGUGUCAUCGCCGCUGGGUGGCCUGGCGUUGGCCUUCCGCACGCGGGACCCCGAGGCCGGGCUGCUGUGGGCUCAGGGGGGCGGCCAGGCCGUGUGGCUGAGCGUGCGCAACGGCUCGCUGGUGGCCGGAGUGCGCAGCGGCCCGGGGGCGGCCGGCGGGGCGGUGCUGCCCGCGCCCGGGCCGCGCGUGUCGGACGGCGCGUGGCACCGCGUGCGCCUGGCUCGGGAGCGCCCGGCGGCCGCUGCGUCGCGCUGGCUGCUGUGGCUGGACGGCGCGGCCACGCCGCUGCCGCUGCGGGGCCUGGCCGGGCCCCUGGAGUUCCUGCGCGGCCCCGACGGGGCGCGCGUGCGGCUGGCCGAGAACUUCACGGGCUGCCUGGGCCGCGUGGCGCUCGGCGGCCUCCCGCUGCCCCUGGCGGCCCCGCGGCCCGGCGCAGCCCCCGGCGCCCGCUCGCCCUUCUUCGCCCAGCCCGGCGGGCCCGCCCCCCGCCUCGGCUGCCGCGGCGCGCCCGUGUGCCACCCCUCGCCCUGCCUGCACGGCGCCUCCUGCCUCGACCUCUUCGACGCCGUCGCCUGCGCCUGCCGCCCCGGCUGGGAGGGACCGCGCUGUGAGGCCCGCGCGGACCCCUGCCGCUCCGCCGGCCGCCGCUGCAGGUCCCCUGUCUUGCCUGGAGACUGCGUCCUCAACUCCACCUGCCCCGGGGGUGGCCCUUGCGAGGAGACGCCUGGAGGGUUCAACUGCACGUGCCCGGAGGGCAUCCCAGGCCCCAGGUGCCCUGUGCCCUGUGAUGCCAAACCCUGCCUGAAUGGGGGCACCUGCCAGGUGGAGGAUGGGGUCUACGAGUGUCUCUGCAGUGCUGGCUUCUCGGGCCGGUUCUGCGAAGUGGCGGAGGGCCUGUCGCUGCCGUUCCCACUGCUGGAGGUGGCUGUGCCCGCUGCCUGUGCCUGCCUGCUCCUCCUCCUCCUCAGUCUGCUCUCGGGCAUCCUGGCUGCCCGCAAGCGCCGCCAGUCCGAGGGCACCUACAGCCCGAGCCAGCAGGAGGUGGCCGGGGCGCGGCUGGAGAUGGACAGUGUCCUCAAGGUGCCCCCCGAGGAGAGACUCAUCUAGGCGUGUUCUGGGAGGCCGAACCUUCCUCUCAGCCAAGGGGAGCAGUCCCUGGGCCCCUCUAGGGGGCGCUCCACUGCCCACUGAUGGACAGCUCCUGCUUCUACCUCCUCAGGGCAGAGGCAAAGGGGCACUCAGGGAAGCUGGGCUGACACCGCGAGCCCCUCAGGCCUUCCCAUCUGGCCUAGGGCCAUCAGUAAGGGACCCAGGGGAAUUUAUGUGCGUGCAUAGGCGUGCAUGUACGUGCGAGCACGUGUGCCUGUGUGCACACCCAGGCCUGAGAGUGCAUGUACAUGUGUACA